GCCUGUUGCCCCGGUAACGGCAGGCGGCCGCCGCCAUCAAUCGCGCAGUGUCUCCGCAUCCCGCGCGCGGCCGUUGCUGCGGGGCGGCUUCCGGUCGGACUCUCCACUGCCUUCACGGUACUCCCCGCAGCAGCGGGGCUCUCCUCGCGGCCCUUACCUGCACGCGGCCCCCGGGGCGGCGGGGGGACUGGGGUGGCCAGGCCCAGCAUCCCCGCCGGGAGAGGCCGCGGCCUUCGGGUGUCCGUCUCCGCCUGUGGCGGGGGUCUGGGAGCGGGACAGCCGUGCAGCCGCUGGGGCUGGCUGCCCCUCCACGUACUGCGACUUUAGGCAAAAGUACCAAUUUUCACAAGUAUGCUUAGUAGCUUGAUCCAUUUCCCGGGCAACGGUCUGUGCUUGGAGGGCAAAGAUGCAGUGCUUCCAUUUAUUGACCGAAGAUGGAGAGGGAGGGCUCAGCAGCGCCUGAAGGCUCUUCAGCAGCUUGCAGUAGGUCAAACUUCUCUUCAGAUACCCCAAAUGGUGUAUGAAGAUCCAGAAGUUAGUGGAAGGAAUCGCUACAAAUAUUUUGCAAGACCUCUUGUCCCUCCUAAUAAGCAGCUUCCACUAGAUGUUUCUUAUGUGAUUGCAGAGACAGAGCCCAUUGUCUAUUUACCUACAAGAGACAGUGAGAUCUUUGGUCCCAAAAUACGAACUUUCGGCACACAGACCGAUUACAGGGAUGGUGAAGCCCAGACAGAUCCAUAUUCCCCUGAAUAUGUAGUUCCCAGUGGCUCAGUCCCUGAGCUUCUGAUGCUUGCUACUCUCACUUGGGGUCGGGGGCUACCAGCAGGACUAGCCGAAGUGGAGAUGAUUGAACGUGCCCGGGAAAAACGUGCAUGGGAAGCAACUCUUCCAGCCAUGGACAGUCCCUCAAACAUUGCAAAGAGGAGGAAAAUGAUGGAUGAAAUGGAGAGGAAGGAAUGGGCUUUUCGAGAACAGGAAAUAGAAAAGUUGCAAGAGAUUCGACUGGAAGUCUUUAAGAAGAUGCUACAGAGGCGAGAGGAGAAACAGACUGAGCUGGAUGCCAAGCGCUUGGAUGACCACUGGCAAAAUCAUCAGAAGAAUAAAGAAGAGAAAAUAAAAAAGAUUCAGCAUGAUUUUGCACUGAUGCUCAGGAAACUGGUAGCUAAGAGGAAGAAUGUGAUGGGGAAGCUGGAGAGACGAGAUAUCAUCAAAGAGUAUACUAACUUUGCAUCACAAACAUAUGCUCCUUUGUCUAGGAUUGGUUAUUUCCCAGAUAACCAUUCUGAACGCUACGUUGUAAAAAACUUCUACCUUAACACCUUUGCAGGUCUAUGUGAACUGGAAGCGUCUCUCCCAGAUUCUGUCACCCAAGUUGAAAUCAAAGCUCCAAAGCCUAAAACGAACAUCACUAAGACUGGAUAUGUUAAAAGAUCAGCAAGGCUAGAAGUGGACCUGGCACUGGUUCACCAGGCACUGUUGGAGAAGAAGAAUAAAGUCAAGGAGCCAAAGAAGCCUCUUCACUUCCUUAAAAAAAUAGAAAAGCCUGUCCCUCGUCCCCCCACUCCAGUUCUGGAAAGACCAUCAAUUGAGGAAGAGGAAAGAGAACUCGCAGUGAUCUGUUUGCAGAAAUUGCUCCGAGGCAGGGCUAUUCAGAACAAGAUGUUUGAAGAGAAGGAGAAGAGGCUGGAACUGAUCCGAGAGCUGCGCACCACUCAUGCACUUCAGGAGAAUGGAGAGCUGCUUCUGAAGGAACAGAAGAAAACGACCCGGGUCUUACGGCAUCAGCAUGACUUGAAAAUGCACACGCUGUCGUCAAUGGAAAGCCACUUGGCCCGGGAAGAAGGAAGGGCACUGGCAAAUAUAUUUGAUUUCCUGUCCAAAGAACUGCUGAGGCUGCAAGAAGAGCGGAGGAUCCACGCUUUUGUCAUGCUGGCUGAGAGGAUCAGGCGGAUGCGGGAAGCAGAGGAGAGUGGGCGCCGACAGGUGGAAGAGAGGCAGCGGCAGGAGGAAGAUGAGAUUUUCAGACAGGUGGUGAAAGUGCACCAGAGCACUGUUGAUUCCUACCUGGAAGACAUUAUCUUGAGUAGCAUGGAGAACACAGCUGAAGAGCAAGCAAGGGAAGAAGUUCAGAGAAUGGCUGUAGAAAUCAAUGACAUCGCUUAUGAACUGGAAAAAAGUCGAACUCACCUACAGUCAGAAGAGAUUGUAGCAGAGCUGGUUUAUGCUUUCCUGAUACCUGAGAUUGAGAAAAUGUCUAUCAGAGAAAAAGUGAGGCAGUCCCAAAGAAAACACAUCUACGCUGCUCAUCAGAUCAUCCAUGGGAGCGUGGAAGAGUUAUUGGCUGAUCCAGCACUACACCAGGAGAUGUCUGCCAGCAAGAUCAGGGGAGCUCCUCCUGCUGAGACAGCCAGCACUGCUGUGGGCAGGACAGUUGAUAGACAGGCUGCAGCUGACAGAUCUCACUCUGCCCCAGUUGUUGCACAGGAAGUGUGUAAACCUCUGCACGAAGAAAGCCCACAGGAGCCAGCGGUGAGCCCUGCUGAUGGAUCAGACAAGGAUGGCACAGCCACCUAGAGAUACGAGCACGGUGAGUUUCCCUUCCCCUCAGUGAUCUGAGCUCAGAGCAUAGGGAAACAGAAGCACAUUACAUUUACUUUUUCCAAGGCAUCCAGAAUGCAAAAUUCAUUACCUGUCCCUUCAGCUGCCCACCAGCUACGCUGUCCUGGAACCAAACAACAGUGUGACAGUCCCAGUCCAACCCCUGCACCCAAAUACCACUGGACCUCAUUAGCUAUUUUUUCUCUUCUAAUUAUUAGAGAAGCUUGGGUGAGAGACCACUGUUGGUAUUCUCAUUUGUAUUCCUGGUGCAGGCCAACAGUGAUCUGCACCUGAGCUUUUGAUGGUGCUUCCUUUUAUCAAUAACACUGAAUGACAAAAUAUUCCAGCAGUGAGAUGUACUGAGGUGAGCCCCCACACACAGCUUUUCUCAAGCACAUGCCACUGCUUGCCUUAACAGAAUAAAGCAGGGAGCAGGUUGCUGUAUCAACACCACCGCUAAUUGGCGUUGCAGUUGAACGCAACUCCCCUUUGAUGAGCUACUAACUGUGCCAGACCUUGCACCAUCUUUUCAUGUCAUGCACUUAGGAAAGGUGCCCUUGGCCUCAGCAGAGUGGCUUCUGCUAGCCAGGCAGCCUCUGUCACUAACAACCAGAGCUGCGCCUCUGUGCUUUUUCUCAUCCCGAUGGAGACCACUGUGGGAUAGUACCUCAUUUCUUAGAACAGCAUUAGUCGCUCUGCCCUUUGUCUCUGAGGGGAAUGCAGGAAGAAUGCUGGUGGUGUGCAGGCAGGGGGUGCUCAGGCUCAGGAUGCCAGCAGGCCGCAGGCACACACGCAGUGCAUCUGAGCAGGGAGCCGUCAGCUCUCCAGCACUCACCUGUCAAAACUCCCCAGGUCUCUGGGUUUAACGUCUCAAAGGUACAUUUACACCAAUCCCAACAUCAAACUCAGGCACAACCAUGACCAAACACCUCAAUGGCUUGCUUGCUCACCGUUCCUCUAGUUAUAACUUACUCAACAAAUAGCAGUAAUAGCGCUCGAUGCCAAUGCAUUGGGCUGACACCUGUGUACUUCCAGCACCUCUUUGUACCUGAUUGCCUGUGCUUUGUGCUGGGGCUGGAGAGCCACAGGCAUGGUCCAGCUCCAGCUAAUUGUGAGCAUUGCUCCGUUCCUUCAAAACCAACAGAAUCCAGGCCCACCGGGGCAUUUCUGGAAACAUUUUGCAUCACUUUUCCAUUCUGUGGACUGAAGGGAGCAAGUGGCAGAUAGAGGAGAGAGAGAAAGAGAGAGAAAAUGGAGUAUGCCUGUAGUCCUCUGAGCUGUAAAUGAGAACUGGAGAGAGGAACACUGUCGCACCACGAUGCCAUUGCCAGGCUGUCAGCCCUGGGCCAGGGGCACCGGGCAAGAAGUGGGGGGCUUGCAGCCUCUGUAAUGCUGCAAAGUCUGGCAGGAGUCAGGGAUGGGUGAUGGGUUUUGGUGAGGAUGCUGUGAGGAUGAGUGUGGCAGGGCUUAGGGACUGGGGAAAAUUCCCACCGCGUUCCUCGCUAAGCACUGGAAAGCAAAGGUAACAAAUGCAGAAACAGAAAGCAAAAUCACAGAGUGUGGGAGGAGCGGCUGUGCGGGGCAUUGGCUCCUUUGCCUCAGGCCACCUUGGACAAAUUUAGCCUGGUUGAAAGAGGGGAUAACACGAAUCACAAGAUCCGAUGUAAUAAGAGAGACAUGGAAAACUUGAUGCAGCUCAACAGGAGAACAGGAAGAGCAAGCCAACGAAGCAUUCACAGUGUUUCUGAGAUUACACGUGGAAAUAAAGAUCCUCUGUGGGGCAUGUUGUACAAUUUGUCGUGGUUACAAAGACAAGAAGCAUUCUAACAGGUGUGGGAAUGGACAUAGGGAGCAGCGUCCCUGCCUUCCCCAGGGAUGCAGCCCAGCACGGCAGCCAGGAGCAGAGAUGUGGGUGCUGCAUGCAGGCUGAGCUAAACAUGCCACGGCUUUUGGUGUGAUCUAAGGGACGCUGUCGGGGAAAAGCCCUCUUCUCCACGUGACAUUGCAUUGCAUGCAUACUGAAGGCCACGGCAAGGCUUCUGUGGAAAGCUGCUCCAGCAACUGCUUUCAGUCAUCACGCGUGGGGUUGCAGAAUGUGCUUUGAGGAAGAAAAUGAGCACAGUGAGAGGGAAUUGAGCUCAUAAAUCAAUAGCACAAGAACGCACCAUUCCCUCCUCGCAGGAACCGGAACAGCCCUGGGAGGAGCCGCAUCUGAAACAAACAGCAGAUGCCUCCAGGGCUGCACCAAUACAGCGCAGGCACCUGGAUGAUGGCGCUCAUCCUGUGCUUCCUCCAGCAGCUCCUGGGAGGAGCCUGGCAGCGCCACACAGCUCUACUGCGUCCCGAUGGGGCCUGGAGGGACCGCAGAACACAGGCUCUGCAGGGGCAGUGAGAGUGGCUGGAAAUGGGUCUCUUUGGAGUGAUAGAAUGAAGGCAGAUGGUAUCAGGUCUUCCCUGCAGCCUUGGCUCUGUGGGAGUGAGGAAAUCCUUUCACAGUAAGGACAGUUCCAACCAGCAGAAAGGCCUAUUGAUGGGAUAACAUGAAGGCAGCACACCUUUCCCCAGAUGCUUACUGACAACAAACCCACACUCCUCCAUCUCUCCCACCUCCUUUGAGAGCAGCACAGCCAUCACACAGCAGCUGCACUCCUGCUCUCUGAGCAGCACUCUCUGCUCUGGUCUCACACGGGUGCUUGGGCUCUGCCUGCUGCUUUGCUGGGCUCAGCUCAGCACACCACAGAUAUGGCCUUUGCACUCUGAAGGCUUUGCGGGGCUCAGACACAGCUAUUACUGACUCAGCCACCUCUUGGAAGUGUUCCUGCUGGAGCCUGAGAGGAGAGGCUGCUCCGGCUCCUGCUCCAACAGCAUCAUUCCCUCUCCCUUUCCUCCACCUCCUGCAGCCUGGUCCAGUCCACUUCUCUCAGCCCAUCCCCACACGCCAGAGCCCCAUCCUUUGUGUAGGGCUCAGAGCGCCCUCUUACCCUCCCCAGCAGCUGCCUCUGCGUGCCCAUCCUGGUACCCGCAGAUCAGUGCUGGGCACAGGGCCGUCCGUCCCCUUCCUUGGAGAGAGGCCAACAGUGCGCGGUGCUGCAAACUGUGCUGAGCAAUGGCAGCUGCGCAGCACAGACCCGGUGCUGUUGCUCCUGGUGACAAUGCCGGCAGUGAGCAUGAGCAACGCCGGUGCUCUGAAUGCAGAUGCAGCAACACUGAGCCAUGCUCCUAUGUAACUCCUAAAGGACAAGCACUCACCCUGAUGUCCUCCCAUACACCCACUCGGCAGCACCUGCUGGUUCACCAUUUCACCUCUCCGGCAUUUGAGAAGCAGCCGCUCCCACCAGCGCUACGAAGCUGCAUUUGCUUCUCUCUCCCUGCGCUGCUGCAGGGCUGAUCCUAAGAAUGAAAUCUUUCUUUUUUUUUUUCCUCUCUAUGAGUCAGCAACAGCCAGCAUCUGUAGUCAAAGCCCUUUGCAAACACCGUGUCGGUCCCUCACCUACUGAACCCGCCAGCCCACAUCAUUCUCCCACCUGGCCAAAUGCAAACCAUUUCUCAUCCCUGGAGAAGCCCCAGAUGUGUCAUUUCUUGCAGAGCCAGCUGCCAUUGGCAACCCAGCCUGAUCCCAGGCCUCUUAGGAAGGGGAAAGGGCUAGAACAUGCACAGUCCAAACACCACCCAGCUGGGAGCCCGCUGCAUGUCCCAAGACUGUGAACAGCAACAUCUUGAGGAACAUUUAAUGGUAUAGUUCAGGUCUACAGGUAAAACAUCUUCAAAUAAUCUGCUAUAUUCCACUCUUGCCUGGCAAAGGGCCUGACUACACAGCCAGGUUACUGAAGGGAGAGGGCAGGCACACUGCAAGUGAGGGAUGGUGGGGUUUGUCCCCCUCUCUCCUUGUCCCAGGCAUUGACUUGGAGGGCAUGAAUGAAGGUGGGUGUGCAGAAUGGGAUUGCCCCCUGCAGGUGAAAACCACCGUCAGCAGCCCUGGCACCACCUGUAUUUACACCUGAGGUGGGUGCAGGUUGGUUGGCACAAGCACACCAAUGGAAGAGAGUGCUGUAAUACACACAGCUCAGUGCUGCUUUGUGUUGGGUUGAGUGCUGACAAGAAUCUGAAGGCGGCAUGGCCAACAAGUGAGUAGACUUGAGCCCAGCUUACUGUUAGUGAAUGCCAUCCAGAGAGAUGUAGAUGAGCAGUGGGCCCAGGAGAACCUCAUGAGGUUCAACAAAGCCAAGUGCGAAGUCUUGCACCUGGGUUGAGGCUUGCUUAUCAGUACAAGCUGAGGGAUAUAAGGAUGGAGCACAGCCCUGCCAGAAGGGAACUGGAACUACUGGUGGAUGGCAGCUGGACAUGAGCCAGCAAUGUGUCCUCACAGCCCAGAAAGCCAACUGGAUCCUGGGCUGCAUCAAAAGAAGCGUGGCCAGCAGGGCGAGGGAGGUGAUCCUGCCCCUCUACUCUAUGCUGGUGGGACCUCACCUGGAGUACUGCGUCCACAUGUGGAGUCCUCAGUACAGGAGAGACGUAGACCUGUUGGAGCACAUUCAGAGGAGGGCCACAAAAAUGAUCCAAGGGAUGGAACACCUCUCCUAUGAGGACAGGCUGAGAGCUGGGGCUGUUCAGCACGGAGACAGAAGGCUCUGGGGAAACCCGAGAGCAGCCUUUGAGUAUCUAAAGGAGGGUUAUGAGAGGGAUAAAGGGGACAGGCUCUUUAUCAGGGUCUGUGGCGACAGGACAAGGGGUAAUGGUUUCAAAUUAAAACAGGGUCCUGGUCAAAGGGCAUUUGCAGUGAGGUACUCAGAGAAAACACCAGACAUCAGUGCAUGCGUUUAAAAACGAAAGCACUCAGGGGUAAUUACCCCAGAUUUCUGAGGACAGCAAUGAAGGGCAAAAUUCAAAUCAAUAAGAACUCACCGAACAGUUCCAUCAGCGACUCCACGGAGGUACAACUGGCAGCUUCCGGCACCGCUAGAGCAGAGCAGCUCCAGUCCCUGAAGCCAACAGAGGAUGGUGCUUUGGUCCCAUCCCCAUCCCCCGCCACCCGGGAGCCUGGAGCAGCCCGCGGAGCAGCGGCAGAGCCCAGCUGGAGACCUGGGGUGGCCGCCACCCGCUCCGAGGGGCUCCGUGUCAGCCCAGGUAUGGGGAGCGCCCCGAGCCCGGCUGCAGAGCUGUCACCCGGCCGCAUCCCCGAACAAAGCCAGAGGAGCCGCCGUGCAAUAUAAAUUUGUUUUUAUUGAAGCAGCAGUCACAUGACCUUGCAUCUAGCCUUUAGGAUAGCGACAGAAUGGAUUCGGCCAGGUCAGCCAGCCCAUUAAAAAAAAAAAAAAAAAAAAAAAAAAAGGAAUUUUUAUUCUUUUUUUUUUUUUUUAAUUUAUUUAUUUUCUUUUUGCGCUAAUAGACAUGUCAUGUUUAAUACACACAUUAUCCAGUACCGGAAACCCAACUCAGAGAUAGCUACGUGCUGAUUUGCUGGAGGAACGGUCCACUGGACGUGGUCUUGACAAACUUUACAAAUCACCACCAAAUAACGUUACUAAUGGGACCAAAUGAGGAAAAAGAAGAAAAAAGAAACGAUGAGUGCAGUAUUCAAAGCCAGCAGUUUACACAGGUUCUUAAGUUUGCAUCUAUAGGUGGACAGUAAAGGAAGAUCGCUUGGUUUCAAUUUGAGAUAUCGUGUCCCAGGGUUCCUCUCUCCAUCAAAUCAAACGGCAUCAGAGACAAGCUGGCACCUCUUGGAAAAGUAUCAUGGAGUAACACAGCUCAUUUAAGAAAACAUGCUUAUUUCUCAUGAUUAUUAUUAUUUUUCUAUUUUUAUUUUUAUUAUUAUCACAAAGAUUCAUGUCCACCUAUUCUCGCGGAGUGGAAAAAGGUGCGGGGGGUGAGGAACAAAGGGGCAGAGAAGGAGGAGAGGAGGAGGAAGGAAAGGGGGCAAGACUUUGAAAUAAAGACCACACACUUGGGAAUUUUCAAUUUCAUUUCCAGGCUAACCUACUUUUUAUUUAAUGCAAAUUACAGUACCAGUUAACUAUUUCCGAACCGAGUCACACAGAACAAAACGUAUUUACAAGGGGAGGGGGGGGGGAAUGGGGCGGGGGAAAUAAUAAAACAUUAAGCAUACUUUCCACAAAAAAAAAAAAGUUUAUAUUUAAAAUGAAAAACAAAAGAAAAACAUCAAAAAAAAAAAAAAAACCAAAACAAAAACAAAAAUCAGUCACAGAGGCAUUCAAGUAGUAAUAAUGUUAUACAGGUUUUGCUUUUCCUUUAAAUCAAGACAGAUUUGCACAAGUGUAUGCAAUAGUUUGUAUACAACCCACAGUCCUUAAUAUAUAUAUAUAUAUAUAUAUAUAUCUUUUAGAUUUGUUUUUAAGAUGGAAGUGGUCACACUGAUCGGUGUGUACAGGCCCAAGUGAUCCAUCAGCAACACAUCAAUGAACGCAAAUUUUACAGGCAAGCAAAUUAUAUAUAUAUAAAUAUAUUUUAUAUAUAUAUAUAUAUAUGUGCGUGUGUGUGUGUGUAUAUAUAUAUAUAUAUAAAAAAUAAAUUGAGAAAGACCAACACAAGGAAGCUACUUUUUCUCAAGCUAACCCCUUAGGUACUGUUUUCCUUUCUGGUCGUUUUGCUGUUAUUGCAGGGUCGCAAAACGAAACGAACAAGGAACAAAACGAAGAGCCCUGUGGGAAGAACCUGGGACCCAGGCGCCUCUCCCCGCCUCAGAAAGGCAGACCCGGAGCGGAGGCUCUGCGCGCUGCUGGCGCCGUCUGUCCGUCCGUCCAGAGGCUGUCUGCUUUUCGGAGUGGGGACCGACGAGCCGGGGGGUUGGAUGCGCUCACCAGCGGCACGCCACAGGCACCUGCCACUGCUGUAGGCAAAGCUUUGCUUAAAAAUAACCGGAGGAAGUGAGCAGGGAUCUGCGAUCAGCCAAUUCUCUUAUGUGAUUCGUUUGUUUUUUCCCUAGUAAGGUAGGUAAGUUAAUCAGCAUUGAGAACAGCAGUGUCUCAAUCGGGUGCCCAGAGGGGGCCCCGAUGGCCAUCGGCUCCAUCUCAGAGACCUACGCGUUGCGGAGUUGACAGGAGCACAAACAGAUGGAGACCAUACGCUGUCAAAACCAAGCCCCAGACGGAGGGAAGAGAGUAAUGGCUCUGAGCGGGCCUUCAGAAGCAACGUGACGUCAACUGACCUUUGUGUCACCAGAAAAAGUGCAGCCUCUGCUUCACCGGAAUGAACGCAAGAUGCUCCGAAAACAAAACAGCGACCUUUGGUUUGGUACAGGGUGAAGUGUUUUCCCAUUCAAGACAACCUCAGGUGGAACACUAACCAGGUAGUAAACACAAGCGGACUAACGGUAGAAACAAGGCCUUCGUGCUGGGCGCAAGAACUCAAGAGUCAUGUUCAACUUGCCAUCUUAAGAAACCAAAAGUGACUGUGGGGAGGGGAUGCGGUGAGGAGCCCCCUGCUCUGAGAGCCCCCGCAGGGCCCAGCGGCGAUGGCGGGGUCCCUUUGCCGAUGACGGCAGAGGGCCCUUCGUCUGUGACGGCGGGGGAUCCAUCAAUGAUGGCGGAGGAUCCACCACUGAUGGCGGGGGAGGCCCUUCACUGAUGGUGGGGGGAAGACGAGCAAAGCCGAGCUCAGCCGCUAGCCACAGGGCUGCCGCGGGCGAGCAAGUGGAGAACGAAACCGGUCACUGCUAGAGGGGGGCUGGGGGCAGGGGGAACCGGGGGGACGUCCAGAGCAAAGCCGUGGCUCAGGUGAGAUGGGGGCGAGGAGGGUUUCCUUUCGUUCCGCUCGGGAUCGGGGUACCACCGAAACCUGACAGCACUCCGAAUUAAAAGCGGGGAGCGGAGAUGCGGUUGUGUGGGGGGGGAUGUUGUUAAUAAAGGAGGGAAAGAAAAAAAAAAA